AUGGUUUACGUCGGUAUUCCACAGAACUACACUCAGUCGCCGUCCUCGUUCGCGGGUACGCCGUCUCUGACGAUCAACUAUGAGGCCACUCAGGACCUUGACUCGACCAAUGCCUUUGAAGGUCCUGAGAAGCUUCUGGAGGUCUGGUUCGCGCCAUCUCCUGCUGAACUAGGUGCCGCUGGCCCUGAGGGUCUCAAGAAAGUCCCUGGAGAGAUUUGGAAGGACAUGCUAGACCUGGUCAACUGCCAGGUGCUUUCCGUUAUUUCGUCGGACGAGAUGGAUGCCUACCUUCUGUCCGAGUCGAGCAUGUUUGUUUGGCCGCACAAGUUGAUUUUGAAGACUUGCGGAACCACUACUCUUCUCUCCGGUCUCCCGCGAAUCUUGGAGAUUGCCGCUUUGUUUGCAGGAUUCCCUCGCGCCACUGCUCCUCCCUCUCGUGGUAUCACAGUGGCCGCAGCUCCUUACCGAGUCUUCUACAGCCGGAAGAACUUCCUGUUCCCUGACCGCCAGCGUGGUCCCCACCGCAGCUGGCGCGACGAGGUGCGCUCUAUGGACAAGCUCUUUGUCAACGGUAGCGCCUACAUGAUCGGCAAGAUGAACGGAGAGCAUUGGUACCUCUACCUUACUGAGCCUGGUACCAUGCUCACCCCGCCGGCUAGCCCCAAGGAGGAGAUCGAGUUCCCCGAGACCGAAACCAAGGUUCUGAGCUUCCCUGAGGCCACUCCUCGCUCUGACUGUGAUGAGCAUGAUGAGACCCUCGAGCUUCUGAUGACCGAUCUCGAUGAAGAGAAUGCGAAGCAAUUCUACUUGGAAAAUGCUACCGCUGUAGCCGAGAAGCGCCAUCGCAACGCCGACCAAGAAGAUCACUUGGAUGUCUUUGGUAAUACCUCUGACAUGGACGAAGAGACUGGCGGUGCUCUGCCUGCAGAGCUGACCACCGAGGGCCACGCCCUAGGAACCGUCGUCUCUGAGUCGUGCGGUCUGUCUGAUGUGUAUCCCAAGAGCAAGUUCCCUGAUGCUCGCAUUGACGCCUACCUGUUCACUCCAUGCGGCUUCUCUGCCAACGGCGUGAUUCCUGCUCCUGACGGCAACGCUCCGACCCACUACUUCACCGUGCAUGUCACUCCCGAGCCUCAGUGCUCGUACGCGUCUUUCGAGACCAACGUGCCGCACUCCCAGAAUGGUAAGGCUACUGCCGACAUCAUCAAGCAGGUUGUCGAAAUCUUCAAGCCGGGCCGUUUCAGCAUUACCUUGUUCGAGACCAAGCCUGCGAUUGAUGAGAUUGACGAAGUCAAUGGUGUUCAUGACCAGCAGCACGCUCAGCGUCACGCUCUCCGUGGUAGCAACAAGAUGGAGCAGGUCGAGGGUUACCGCCGUGUUGACCGUAUUGUCCACGAUCUGAACGGAUACGAUCUCGUGUUCCGUUACUAUGAACGUAAUGACUGGAAAGGGGGGGCACCGCGCAUUGGAGAGAAGGGCUUCUAG